AUCUGUCAGUAGACCCAAACAUCCCCACCUCCAUAAAAACCAUCUCUUUUCAUGGCGGCCAGUUUUCAUUUAAUCCCAUAAUAUUUAUUUAUACACACGACCACUUGUAUACGUACCUCACACUUUUCCUUUUCCUUUUAAAAGGUGUCGGUGUUUUCGACCAUCUUCUCCUUUUCCAAUCACCAAAACCAAUGGAAGCCAUCAUCACCGGCGGCGGAGAUGGGCCGUGCAACCGUCCGCCGGAGAAAAGGAAGAGUGAUCAACGGCCGUACAAGGGGAUACGCAUGAGGAAGUGGGGAAAAUGGGUGGCGGAGAUUCGGGAGCCGAAUAAGCGGUCCAGGAUUUGGUUGGGGUCCUAUUCGACGCCCGUGGCCGCUGCACGGGCGUACGACACGGCCGUAUACUACCUACGGGGCCCGACGGCCAGGUUGAAUUUUCCCGAAUUAUUGGGGUCUGACGUGGCGUUCGGGGAGUUGUCGGCGGCGAGUAUUCGGAAAAAGGCGAUAGAGGUUGGGGCCAGAGUGGAUGCAGAGACGAGUUGUACGUCGUUGCUUAGGAGUGGUACGCGUGUACCCGGGUCUGGGCUUAAGGCGUGUUGGUUUCAGGAGAAACCCGACUUGAAUAUGAAACCCGAACCCGAGGAGAAUGAUGGAGAUUAUUGGUGAUGGAUACAAUACGAGGAUGGGUUGGUUUGGUGGGUCGGUCGGUCGGGGCAGUUGGAUGGAAGAUAUUUUCUUUCUUUUUUUUUUUAAGUGAAGUGUUUUGUUAUCUUGGAAACAGAUGAAACAAGUUUUGAUGUUUACAAGGAUAAUAAUGUACAUAUGAUCUAGAUCUUGUCCUUCUUCUUUGGCGUUUUCUGGUUUUAAUUUUUUGUGUGUUUCAUGGUUCUUGUUUAACCAUGCUAACUGUGUUAUUUUUAAGAAAUAUUAUCGUUUAGUUUUAGAAUAA